UGCCACUAAAGAAGAGAAGAGCGUUUUGAGGAACCUGUCACUCAGUGGUUGCUUAGUUACAGAUCUGACUAAAUGGUUGGAUGUCAGCAAACUACCAGAUUUGGUAUUUUAAGUUGUUAAUAUUAAUAAUGCAUACAUUGAUAUAGGGCUUUUCAAGGUACUCUGACACUUUACAUCACAUAAUAAAAACAUCCUAGAAGCUAUACGAUAGAAAUAACUAAAAUUACAAUAAAAACAAUAAGAACGUAGAGCACACGAUCACAUUAAAAGCAGUUCUGAACAGGUGAGUUUUGAUUGGUUAAAGUCUGAAGCUGUUCCUCACAAAUCAAAUGUACACACACACACACACGCACACAAUAUAAAACCACAUUUAGGCUUCCAGUCGCAUUCCCUCCCAGCUGUUGUAAAAAGAUGAUUCAUGAAUGCGUCAAGAGGAGACAAGACGGAGCUUUUAAAGGUAAAAAUGCAUUUAGAAAUACUCUAUUUUACAAUACAUAUAAACAUUUUAAUACAAGAAAAUCCUGAUGAGAACAUUUGAACUCUGACGUGAGGCUUUUUAAAAAAAUGUGAGUUUCCCUCGAUUCAGAACCCGGAGUGAAGCUGGACAACGAAGCGUCCGCAUCGAGUGUUCAUCACAAAGCAACACCUGGUUCACCUGCAACGUGACCCCCACGUGUGACCUGUAGUCCAGAGGUCACACGGCGACCCCCGAGGGGAACAAUGAAGCUCUAAAGGAACAAAGGGCCCCACGUUUCAGCCUGAGACUGAAAAGAGACGACAACAUGGCGUCAUCCCUUUGGCCAGAGUUGCUGACGGGGGGAGAACCUUUUUUCUAAAGCCCCCCCCCCUCCAGCCCCGUGCUUGUCUUUCACAGGACACUGACUGAACUGUUACUAUGCCCAUAAAGACACCUGCUGUCAGGAAACCACGAGCAGCAGCACGACCCACGGCGGAGGACCCGGGUCUCUCAGGCUCAGAGGAAGAAGACGGAGUGAAGGAGACAUCAGCUGGGCCCAGACCCCCGCGGCUCAGCCUCCUCAGGACCAGGAACACCAGCGAGCGGCGCCGCCAUGACGGAGAGCGACGGAGAGCUGUCGGCCAUGGUGCAGGAGCUGUGGGACAAAGACACCAACCGGCUGAGGCCGGGACACGACUACCGGAUCUCUCUGCAGGGCAAAGCCGGAGGCAGCAUGGCCUUCGACUACAAGGACGCCGCGGGGUUCCCUCUCUUCACGUUUGUGGACGAGAAGAUCUUCAAAAAGGAAACUUUUCUCGCCUUCAUCUCUCUGUUGGAUAACUACGUGAGUGACACCGGCGAGCCGGAGGUCGUGACCCCCGAGGAGGUGGCGGAGAACCACAAAUUCCUGGACGCCAUCAUUAAGACUCCCACCAUGAAGCUGGCUCAUGAACACCUGGUGGAGAAGCAGCUCUCCCCCAAGGACGACGCGCAGUUCAAGGAGCAGCUGCACCGGAUCUGGUUCGAACUCUACGCCAGGAAGGGAUCCAGCAGGCCCGACUCCUCUGGAUUCGAACACGUGUUUGUCGGGGAGACGAGAGGCGGCCGGACCGUCAUCGGCUUCCACAACUGGAUCCAGCUGUACCUGCAGGAGAAGCUCGGCCACAUCGACUACAAAGGCUACAGCGUCAGCGCCAACUCACCACAGCCCGACGAGAACAAGCACAUCCUGGCCCUCCAGUUCAGCUGGAAGGACGGCAUCAAGCCGAAGGGCAGCAUCUUCAUGGGCGUGAGCCCCGAGUUCGAGUUCGCCCUCUACACGCUCUGCUUCCUCAGCUCGCCCAACGAGCGCGUCAAGGUCCAGUUCAGCUCCUACGACGUGGAGAUCGUUUGCCACCACCACAACGAGAAGCACAUCGGCACCACGUACCCCGUGCUGCUCAAGUACCGGAAACCCACCGAGUGACGAGGACCCGAGAUACAAAACGUCUCUUUAUUGUCUUUUCAUUUGAGAUAAAGACACAAUAAACCGUAUAGACCAAG